UGAUAUUAUUGACCAUUUUAUUUUUAAUAAAAACAAAAUUCAGAGAUUUAAAAUGAAUGAUACUAAUUUAUCCAUAUUAUUAUUAUUAUCAUUUGCAUUGCUAGCUGCCGAAAAGACAGAAGCAGAGAUGUGCAGUCAAUAUGAGGAUGAGGAUCAUACCGAAUUGUUCCAUAAAUACAGACCGAGAUAUCCGAAAAAGAUAUUCGAAAUAAUCGACAGGAAACUUACCGAAAGUACCGAUAGGUUACCGAACGAAUUGAGAGAAAAAUACAAGAAAAAUGACAACGGUAGAUGGCGCGAGGCACUCGACAUCGGUUGCGGUACCGGUAUUUCGACAUUAAUGCUGGUCGAUUUUGUGCAAGAGUCGUUCGGUAUUGACUCGAGUAAGACGCAAAUUUUCAAAGCCAAAGUCGUAAGUUACGGUAUGAAGGACCCGAGCCGAGUAACGUAUUUAAACGAAGAUGCUCUUAUGAUCUCGCAAAUGUUUUCAGAGAACAGUAUCGAUUUGAUUGUCUCUGGCCAAGCAGUCCAUUGGCUGGCAGACAGGGCAAAGUUUUACGAAGCGUGCAUGAAAGUGCUGAGACCUGGGGGCUUGCUGGCAUUGUACGGAUACCGAACUCAUGAAUUUGAAGAUGAAAAUGCCGAAAAAAUUAAACAAGAGUUUUGUCCUGGGAUGACAAAAGAUUUUGAACCAAAGGAGGUCAAACAUUUAGAUAACAGCUACAAAGAUAUAUUUGAAGAACUGAAAACUCUAUACCCGAAUGCCGAAAGGGAUGAUUCGUUUACCGAUCAUUUAGAAUCGACUAUCGACCAUUAUGCCGGUUACUUGAGUAGCUGGUGCGCAUACCGAAACUACAAAAAGGUACAUCCCGGCCAUCCGGACAUUUUGGAUGACGUCAGAGAUAAAUUGAAAGAAAUCUUUCCUGGUGACACCCUGGUCAAAACUACCGCCAAGUAUUUCAUUCUGUUCGUUACCAAGGAAGUAUAAAAUAAUGUUAUCACAUUUAUAUUAUAAAAAGUCAAAAUAUUAUUAUUUAAUACAUUUUUAUUACGCAUAAUAUUUUUUAUAAAUGACAAGGAUGCUUUUGAAUCUACAAAAAAAUAAACAAUGAACAUAAU